AUGAAGUUGACUGUAUUAUUGUUUUCAUUUGUUCAACUCACCUUCUCUUAUAACUUUCUGGUUUUCUGUCCAUUAUUCGGUCAUAGUCAUACAACAUACUUUGCUAAAAUCGCUGAUACUCUAACUGAUGCAGGACAUAAUGUGACGUUUUUCACUCCUACAAUCAUACAAAGGUUUGCGAAACACAUUUACGUCAAAUCAACUAAAAAUGUAAUUCAUCUGGAGCCAAGUGAGAAACUUGCAAUUCUGGGGGACAAAUUCGAGGAGGGAGACACUUCUAAAUUCUGGACAUCCGAUUCCACAGUUUUUGAAAUGCUUCCAAUGAUCGAUACCUUCAAUAGAGCAUUUGAGGAACAAACUGUUGUUCUUGGGAGGAAUCUAGAACUCCUUGAUGAGCUCAAAGCUAAGAACUUUGACGCCAUGAUUUUUGAGAGCUUCGUUGAUCCAGCUUAUCCUCUUCUCGAUUACCUCCAAAUCAAAACAAUCCUACCUGCCACAUCCAUCGCUUUUGAUGAAAUGUUAUCACAUUCAAUAGGAGAACCAAUUAUGACAAGUGCAGUUCCAGCACCAAUGUCUGCAUUUACUGAUCAGAUGACGUUCAUGGAAAGAAUCAUUAACACAAUAACCUCUCCUAUCAUGUACCUCAUUAUGCCAAAACGAAAGUUCAAAUCUCUCCGUUUCCCUCAUUCAACUAUUGAAAUUUCAUCUCAAGAAUCAAUGAGUUCAUUCGUUUUCACAAAUUCCAAUCCAUAUCUGGAUUAUGCUCGUCCAACAAUUGAGAAAAAUGUUCAAAUCGGAGGAAUUUCAGUGGAUGUUGACCAACUAAAAAGUCAGAAAGUUAAUAAGGAAUGGGAUGAGAUUCUCAAUUUGAGAACCAAAACAAUUUUGGUUUCUUUUGGAUCCAUCAUGUUGUCCAAGGAUAUGCCAUUGGAAAACAGAAUAGCUCUGGCUUCUACUAUGAAACAGUUCCCAGAAGUUACAUUCAUCUGGAAAUACGAGUCAAAUGACACUGAUAGUUUUGCAAAAGGAAUCGAGAAUAUUCAUUUCUCCAACUGGAUUCCACAAACUGCUCUUCUAGCGGAUUUUCGUCUUUCUGCGUUCUUCACUCAUGCCGGUUUAGGAAGUAUCAAUGAAGUCAGCUACUUGGGAAAACCAACAAUAUUGUGCCCAAUUUUCGCUGACCAAAUGAGAAACGCUCAGAUGUUGGCAAGACACAACGGGUCUGUCGAAAUAUCCAAGUAUGAAUUGGGGCAGUCCCAGAAACUCCAGGAAGUGUUCAAGAAGAUUCUUUAUGAUCAAUCGUACACCACGGCAUCGGAAAACUUGGCUCUCCAGUUAGCUAAUCAGCCAGUCAAACCGAGAGAGUUAUUGGUACGACAUGCUGAAUUUGCAGCAAAAUUUGGACGUCUCCCAUCUUUGGAUCCAUAUUCACGUCACAUGUCGUUCGUCUCCUACUUUCUUAUCGAUGUAGCUGCAACUAUUUUCCUAAUCUCAUUAUUGGUGUUUUAUGUGUUCUUUAGGAUCGCAAAACGACUAAUCAAUUAUCUACCCAUCACUCUGACCCCGGUCAAACAUAAAACUAAUUGA